AUACACACAUAUAUUGUAUAUAUAGUAUACAUAUAUAACUGGAAAGAGAGAAAAAGAGAAUGCCGCACAACAUCCCAGCAUCAUCAUCAACAUGUCCAUUUUGCAAUAUCGCGUCUGCACACCCACCACUGCCUCCAUCAUCAGCAUUACAAACAGUCCCACAGCAAGAUCAGCCCGCUGGGAACAGUCAAAGAUCACAUGCUUUUUUGAUUUUAUCGACGAAAUAUGUUCUCGCAUUUCUAGAUAUUAUGCCUUUAUCUAAGGGGCAUCUACUCGUUACGACUAGGGAGCAUUAUGAGAAGGUUGGAGAGUUGGGGGUUAGGAUUGGAGAGGAGCUGGGUAAAUGGCUCCCAAUUGUCUCGCGAGUAGCUAUGAGAGUCAUCUUUGGGCAGAGUAGUGCCACGGAAGAACAUCAUUGGAAUCUUGUGCAGAAUAAUGGCGAAAGAGCAGCCCAGGUAGUCCCCCAUGUCCAUUUCCAUAUCAUCCCCAGACCACCACUCCUGUCUGCGGAUGCAAUAGCUCAAUCGCCCGGUUGGACGAUGUUUGGCCGAGGGCGUAGAGAGGACUUGGAUGAUGACGAGGGCGAGGAGCUUGCGAGGUUAUUGAGGGAAGAGCUUGCGAGGGAAGUGAAGAGGGUGAAGCAGGAGGAAGGUAUUGAUUUGGAUGUUGAUAGGGAUUACAGAUUGUAAUACAACUCUGUAACAGACUGCGUUUCUGGAGGACUCUGUAUAUUAGACACUUCUACUGAAGUGGAUUCUUCAUAUCAUGGAUCUUGCAUGGUUUUCAGAUCUGCUCCGUUCUAGAGCUUUUUUCGGAUGGUAUGUUCUUUGGGGUGAAAUACUAUUCAUGAUCAUUGUUAAUGCUGCCCAAGAAUAUUGCAGUGUCAAAUACUAUGCAUACCUUUCGCC